AUGGGCUGCAUGAAGUCCAAGCAGACCUUCCCCUUCCCCACCACCAUCGAGAGGUGUGAGCCGCGGGUGCCGACGCCCGUCACCCGGGACGGGGAGGACGUGGAGGACGUGGAGGGCGUGGAGGAGGUGGAGGCCGUGGAGGAGGAGGUGCAGGCGGUGGAGGAGGCGAAGGUGGAGGAGGUGCAGGCGGUGGAGGAGGCGGAGGAGCCCGCACAGCCCGCAGAGCCCAAAGUCGUGGUGUCCCAGUUCGCGCACCGCCUGUCGCAGGAGAUCCUGAGCGGCGCCCUGCAGCAGUGGGCGGACAGCAACGCCAAGUACGCGGACAUCCCGUUCAUCGAGAGCGACGGCCUCGGCCUGGCCCAGCGGUGA